AUGGGGGACUUUAACGAGGUUAUAUUCCAAGAGGAGUACUUUGGCUCCAACAUACGCCCCUUUAAGCAAAUGGAAGAUUUUAGACUGGCCUUAUCAGACUGUGGACUUAUGGAUAUUGGUUUCGAAGGAUCAAAAUUUACUUGGUGCAAUAAAAGGGAGGGGAUUGAAUUCACUAAAUGUCGAUUGGAUAAAGCCCUAUCCAAUGUUGAAUGGCUUAACCUCUUUGACUCUAAUCAGGUCCUAGUUCUUCCAGUACAAUGCUCUGACCACAACCCCUUGUCUAUUCAUUUCUCAAAUUCUGCUCAAGAUGAAUCCUCUAUUCACAGAAUAUUCAGAUAUGAAGUGGCUUGGGGUAAAAGAGAAUGGUGCACUGAACUUAUUAAAGCUACAUGGAUACAUAAACCACAUCAGGCUUCCAAACUUGAUGAUACUCGAGGUAUUUUGAAGGCAUGCAGGGAUAAACUCAAGAUUUGGAGUAAGGAGGCAUUUAGACAACAGAAGAGGCUUCUAAACUACAAGAGAGAACAAUUGAGAAUUUUACAAGAAUCCAAUGCUGGCCAGUUUAAUAGUCAAAUCAAUGUUCUUCAGAAUGAGAUAGAUGGGUAUCUCGAAGAAGAAGAUCUGAAAUGGAGGCAAAGAGCUAAACAACGGUGGCUUAAGGAUGGAGACAGGAACACUAAAUACUUCCAUAAGUGUGCAUCUCAAAGGAAACAGAUGAACAGAAUCAAACAUAUAAAAAAUGGUAAUGGAAUUGUGACCUUCAAUAAGGAUGAGAUUGCAAGGACCUUCCAAGAAUAUUACCAAAGCCUUUUCUCUUCCUCUAAACCAAGCAACAUCGAGGCAGCCUUGAAUAAUUUCCCUCCCUCAGUCACUACAGAAAUGAAUUGCUCCAUUGCUAGUCGUUUCUCUGAAUAG